AUUUGCUAUUACAUAACCCACCAACCCACUUCUUCCACCUCCCCAGCCAGCAAAUUAGAGUUUGCACCUGUCGGAUUUUCUCUCUCCUCUUUUUUCUUUUUCUCCUAAAAAACUAUCUAUCAAAUUAUAACAACCACCACCAACGGCUUAAACCGUGUGGCAGUGGCACCAGCUCCUCUUUUUUUCUUUUUUCUUUUUUCUCUUCUGCCACUCCCUCUUCAUUAUGAUUGUGGACUCGAAAAAUGGAGGUGCCCAGAAGAAUUAUUCGGAGCUAAUGAAGUGGAAGGCGCAAAAUAUUUUAGUGUAGUGCGGUUCCGAUUCAUGCAGAGGAAGAAAACGUGUGUUGUAGUCACGAUUUUGUUUUUGCGGCCAUGGCAUACGCACAUUACCGAUCGCAGUUCGGAGACACGACUUUCACCAAAGUUUUUGUUGGCGGGCUGGCUUGGGAGACGCCCACUGAGGAAAUGCGGAGGUAUUUUGAGCAGUUUGGGGAGAUUCUUGAAGCUGUGAUUAUUACUGAUAAGAACACUGCAAAGUCUAAGGGAUAUGGAUUUGUGACUUUUCGGGAUCCUGAAUCUGCCAGAAGGGCGUGUGCUAAUCCGAACCCAGUCAUUGAUGGCAGACGUGCAAACUGUAACAUCGCUGCAUUGGGACGGCCUCGACCUUCGCCCCCUCGAGGACGAGCGCAGGGUGGAAUUAAUCCCUAUCAAGGAAGCACAAUGCAGGCAACGCCAUCGUAUAGCGGAGUGCCUGCACCAUUAAACCAACCGCCACUACCGCCAGCGCCUCCGCCGCCUCCCCCGGUCGUGUAUUCGCCGUACGGAUACCCAUCUUACAGUCCUGAUUAUGGCUACCACCCCCAAGCAGUGUACAACCCACAAGUUCAACAGCCACAAUACUACCAUCAAUCCCCAUAUUUGUAUGGUUACUCAGUACAAUCUCCCAGAGCAACAUUUUCCAAUGCUCCUCCUCAGUCGCAUCAUCACCGUGUACCGCCUUCCUAUCUCUACUAUCCCGCAGCGGCUCCUUCUCCUCACGCUCAAUUCGAACCCUCAUCCUCCUUCUCCAACUAUCCUCCCCCGCCCCUCUUGCGCCACCGGUUUUCCUCUACAGAUUCACAGACAUCGCAGCAAACUCCCACAGAAGCAGAAGCAGAAGCAGAAGCAGAAGCAGGAGCUGUUACUUCAGAAAGUCCAAGCACUUGAAACAGAAUCAGAAUCAGAAUCUGAAUCUGAAGAAGAAGAAGAAGACACAUUCAUAAAAACCAACCAAAUUAUUGGUUCCAUUUUCCAUGGAAGANAAAAAGAAGAAAAAUGGGGGACGAGCUAGCAAUUGUAUAAAGUUGACAACUUGAUCGAUUUUACACUCUCUUGAGACCCCCAGAUUUUUUUUUUUCCCUUUUUUUCUGCAGAGGCUGUGCUCAAUUUUAGGAGAGAAUCGAUCCUGCAAGUUGACCUAAUCAACCACUUUUUUUUUCUUCUUCUUUUUCA